AUGGCAGCAUUGAAAACAUCAAUUCUCCAACUCACUCUUCUUGCCUGUAUUUUGGCAUUGUGCUUCUUGUCCCUCUCGGCCACUACCAUUUACGGUCGAACGCAAAAGAAAUCCACAAAACCUGCAACACCAGGUGGCAAUCGAAAUUCCACAAGACCCUCUCCUCAUGGUGGACAUCGUAACUCAACCAAACCUGCAAAACCAACCAAAUCAAAGCCAACCAAACCAACAAAGCCAACUAAACCUGUAAAACCAACCAAACCUGAAAAACCUGUAAAUGGUACGACACCUGCCAAUGAUGAUGACCUCAUUGAAAGAAUCAACUCCAAUCAUACCAUUGGAUGGAAGGCUACCAAGUAUGAUCGUUUUGAAAACGUGACCAUUGGAUAUUUGAGAGAUUCUUUAUUUGGUUUGAGUUUGUUACCCAACGAUCCAGAUACACCAACCAUUGAAGGUGAAGUAAGAGUCCAAUUACCAGCUUCUUUCGAUGCAAGAACUGCUUGGCCAAGAUGUGUUCUUCCAAUUCGUGAUCAACAAAGUUGUGGUGCUUGUUGGGCCUUCUCAAGUGCCUAUGUGUUGGCUCAACGUCUUUGUGUUGCAACUGGAGCCAAAUCCUAUGUCACUCUCUCACCUGAAUAUCAAGUCGAUUGCGAUACUUUGCAACGAGGAUGUCAAGGAGGAUAUUUGAGUAGUACUUGGAAAUUCUUGACCAAUACUGGUACUGUUCCUGAUGCAUGUGUGCCAUACGUUUCAGGAAGAAGAACUUCUGCAGGAGCUUCUCAAGCAUGUCCUUCACAAUGCAAGGAUGGAUCGGCUCUCAGAUUUUAUAAGGCCAAAUCUGCAAGCUAUAUUCGAGGUGUGGAUCAAAUCAAGAUUGCCAUCAUGACCUAUGGUUCUGUACAAGUUGGAUUUACUGUUUACAGAGACUUUAUGAGCUACAAGUCAGGAGUGUACAAGCACGUUUCUACUACUGCAUUGGGUGGUCAUGCUGUAGCUUUAAUUGGAUGGGGUACUGAAAAUGGCACUCCUUAUUGGAUUGGAGCGAACUCAUGGUCUGCUAAUUGGGGAGAAAGAGGAUACUUUAGAAUUGCUCUUGGAUCCAAUGAGUCAGGUAUUGAAUCACAAGUCUAUGCUGGUAUUCCAGUUGUAUAA